AAGCUGUAAAUGUGUCUGCAUCAGAGAGCUCAGUAUGAAGAAGUCGGUCCGGCCAGCGGUGAGUAAGGUCAGUGGAGACCGAGGGAAGUCUGAGGCCGUUUCCUCCGCUGGCACUGGAAAGUCUGCAGGCAAAAGCAUCACCACUGCUCCUCUGUCUAAGGUGAAAAGCAAUGACGAUCUGUUAGCAGCUAUGGCUGGAGGGAAUCCUGCAUCAAGCGUUACUGUCACUAAGACCAAGAAGACUGCUUCUGUUGGAAGUGCUGGUAAUCUAGAAAACAAAUCGAAGACAGCAUCAGGUUCUCUGUCCAAGCGUACAACAUCAGCAUCUUCCAAAGAACCAAACUCGUCUCGAGACCGUCUGCGAACAUCGAGGACUUCAGCUGCUAAAAAGCAGCUGGGCUCAGGAAUCGGAGCAGGAGAUGUGGCUUCAGGCAAACGCUCCCGGAGUCUGAUCCUGACGGAGUCGGAGGGUCGGAUGAGCAAGUCCAAAUCAGACGGUCAGAUCAGUGAUAAGGUGGCUCUAGAGACCAAAGUCAAAGAUUUGCUUGGCUUGGCGAAGAGCAAAGACGUGGAGAUCCUUCACCUUCGCAGUGAGCUGAGGGACAUGAGGGCCCAGCUUGGCCUUGAGGGUCAAGAUGCGACACCGCAGGAAGAAGUUGGAGAGGCGGCGAAGCCUCAGGUUUCAGCCAUCACAGCAGCUGAUGUGGAGUCCACCCUAAUUCUCUUACAAGAACAGAACCAGGCCAUUCGAGAGGAGCUCAACCUGCUGAAGAGUGAGAACCGCAUGCUGAAAGACCGACUCAACGCGCUGGGGUUCUCUCUGGAACAGAGGCUGGACGGCUCAGACAAGCUCUUCAGCUACUCCUCACUGAGUCCAGACCUGGUCACCAACAGUGCACACAGUGACGGUGGCUGCACAGGUACGCUGACAUCAUCAGUGGAGGGCUCCGCCCCCGGCUCUUUAGAGGAUCUGCUCACGGGACACCAGCAUGGAGGCUCAGCAGACAACCUCGACAGUGAAUCCAGUGAGGUCUACCAAGCUGUCACCUCCAGUGAUGACGCUCUGGACGCCCCCUCUGGAGCUUCCUCGUCAUCUGAGUCAGAGUGCGCUGCGAGCACGGAGCGCUCCAGGAGGGGCAGCAGCGGCAAUGCCAGCGAGGUGUCAGUAGCUUGUCUGACAGAGCGUAUCCACCAGAUGGAGGAGAACCAGCACAGCACUGCAGAGGAGCUUCAGGCCACGUUACAGGAGCUGGCUGACCUGCAGCAAAUCACGCAGGAGCUGAAUGGAGAGAACGAGCGGCUUGGCGAGGAGAAGGUCAUCCUCAUGGACUCCUUGUGCCAGCAGAGUGACAAGCUGGAGCUUUACGGCCGACAAAUUGAAUACUUGCGCUCCUUGCUGGAAGAACAUCAUAUAUCGUACGCUCUGGAGGAGGAUAUCAAGAGUGGUCGCUAUUUGGAGCUGGAGCAGCGAUACGCAGACCUGGCAGAUAACGCCCGCUUUGAGAGAGAGCAGCUGCUGGGAGUGCAGCAGCACCUGUCCAACACGCUGAAGAUGGCCGAGCAGGACAAUGCUGAGGCCCAGGAUGUGAUUGGAGCUCUGAAGGAGAGGAACCACCAGAUGGAGCGCAUCUUGGAGUCGGAGAGACGGGAUCGAGCUACCCUGGCUGCCGCGCUGGAGGAGUACAAGGUGAUGGUGAGCAAUGACCAGGCAGACCUAAGUCGCUGCAGAGCACAGCUGGACCAAGAGAGGCAAAGGGUGGCCGAGCUGUACUCUCUUCACACUGCGGGGGACAAGAACGACAUCUGCCAGCUGCUGGAGGGGGUGCGGCUGGGCAAAGAGGAGGCUGAAGCCAAAGCUGCAAAGAUGCAGGAGGAGUUGGAACAAGCGCAUAUAGAACUCAACCAGCUGCAGGAGACUCUCAGUAAGCUGAACAGAGAGUACAGAGACUUCCAGGAGCAGGUGCAGCAGCAGAUGGCCGAGCAGGAGCGCGCUCUGGAGAAGCAGCGCCUGGAGCUGCAGGAGAAAGACUCAGAGAUUGCAGACAUGAAGGAAACCAUCUUUGAGCUGGAAGAUGAAGUCGAGCAGCACAGAGCGCUCAAACUCCACGACAACCUCAUUAUUUCAGACUUUGAGAAUUCUGUAAAAAAGCUGCAAGAUCACAAACAUGACAUGGAAAAAGAGAUUAAAACUCUUCAUCGCAGAUUGAGGGAGGAGUCGAUGGAGUGGCGCCAGUUCCAGGCCGAUCUGCAGACGGCUGUUGUCAUUGCUAAUGACAUCAAGUCAGAGGCGCAGGAAGAAAUAGGAGAUCUGCGGCGCCGUCUGCAGGAAGCCCAGGAGAAAAAUGUGAAACUGAGCAAAGAGCUGGAAGAGGUCAAGAGUCGCAAGCAGGAGGAGGAAAGAGGCAGAGUGUACAACUACAUGAACGCUGUGGAAAGAGACCUGGCUGCUCUCAGACAGGGCAUGGGGCUCAGCCGGAGAUCCUCCACCUCCUCUGAACCCUCCCCCACUGUGAAAACACUCAUCAAGAGCUUUGAUAGUGCCUCACAAGGUCCGCCUGCCAAUGGUGCGUCUGUGGCUCCAACUGCCUCGGCUCCCCCUUUACCUCGGACCCCCCUCAGUCCCAGUCCCAUGAAGACUCCCCCAGCUGCUGCUGUCUCACCCAUACAGAGACUCACUGUAACAGCCUCUAUAUCAGCUAACAAACCUCUCUCAGCCUUGAGUGACAAGAGACCCAGCUACACAGAUAUAACCAUGCCAGCAGAGCACCUUCUCAGGGGAGCCUCAACCAGUCGACCACCUCCUGUCCUCCAGAGGGUCUCCAACAUUGACUCCACUAAGACGAUUUCAGUGUCACGCAGAUGCAGUGAGGACGUCAAGAGGGACAUGUCAGUUUCAGACGGAGCCUCCUCAACCUCCCUGAUGGCUAUGAAUGCAGCUUCCUCUCCACUCUCAUUAUCCUCCUCCUCCCCCACAGCCUCCAUCACCCCCACAACCCGCAGUCGCCUAAGAGAGGAAAGAAAGGACCCACUGUCAGCGCUGGCAAGGGAAUAUGGAGGCUCCAAGAGGAACGCUUUGUUGAGAUGGUGCCAAAAGAAGACUGAGGGCUAUCCGAACAUUGACAUCACCAACUUCAGCAGCAGCUGGAACGAUGGCCUGGCCUUCUGUGCUCUGCUGCACACCUAUCUGCCUGCACACAUCCCCUACCAGGAGCUCACCGGCCAGGACAAGAGGAGAAACUUCACCUUGGCGUUCCAGGCUGCAGAGAGUGUCGGCAUCAAAUGUACAUUGGACAUUAAUGAGAUGGUCCACACCGAGAGGCCGGACUGGCAGAGUGUCAUGACCUACGUCACAGCCAUCUACAAAUACUUUGAGACUUGACUUCUGACUUCACCCUUUCACCCACAAUGCACCUGCAGCACAGUCAGAGCCACUUCAAACUGUUCUCCCUCCACGAUCAACUGUUAUACCUCACAGACCCCCCCCACCCCACCCCCCCACCACCACCACAACCACCACCAUCUUCACAGCAACACAUUUUAGCCAACACAUCUGAAGCUCUCACCACGAGGCUCCUCAGUUCACUGUUAAACCAGUAAGACCUUUGAAGGGACUCCAGUCCACCAGUAGGAACCGACGUUCAGGAAGAGGCCGUGGGUCUGGUUUGUCCUCGGUCUGAAGACGCUGCGUAACAAACCAAGUCUGAGUGCCUUCGUUCUGGCUUAUGUC